UACAUGCAAGUCUGAUCAACAAAGUUUAGUUUUGGUCCAACUAGCUACUAGCUAGUAAGGUCCGGUUCACACGUCCUGGUUCAACUCAACCUACCAUAGGAACGGGUUGCGUCAACUAGAAAGUAGAAACCAGAAGGAAACCGCUCUCGUGCUCGACUUCGGAGGGAAGAAAGGAUGGAGAAAAGGAGAAGCCCGAAGCUAAAGAUCGCCAUCAUCCAUCCCGACCUCGGAAUCGGUCUCUGAUGGGAUCGACAGACCUCGACGAGUUCGGAGGCCGAACCUACGUUAUCUCGCGACCAUCGAUCACGUUCCCCACGAAGACACCGGAGUCGCAGGGAGUCUGGUAAAGGAAAAGAAGAGGUCAGCCACUUGCAGUUCGGGUGCGAAGGAGAAGGAGGGAACGAACGCCAUGCACGAAGCUACAACAUUGGAAGUGAGAAACAGACCUCCGAAAUGACAUCCGGCUUUUCCGCACGUCAGUUAUCAAGAGGUCACCCAUAGGAAAUAAAUGAGGGGGUGAGAGGGUAGCUGGAGGGGGUGUGGUAUUAUCUCUUGUCUCUUAGUUUGCAUUGGGGGUUACUCUCGCCCGAAGUAGAGUGUUUUAUAUUUGCAUGCAUCGGGUUGCUCUCACCCAAAAAAGUAGAGCUUGUACCUCGCUUUCUUACCUUUCGAAGCCUAUUAAAAUAAAGAUCCCUUCCUUUCUUUUCUUUGCGACUUCUUCUUUCCUUGAUCUGGGACGUGAAGGAGAGCUGGGUCUUAUCAACUGGUAUCAGAGCCGGUUAUGUCAAAUAAAGAAAGGAUCGAGCGUCUGGAAGUCGACGUGAACACCAUGCAAGAAGAGCUGCACGGCUUAGAAGCACGGAUGGAGGUGCGUCUCACUGAGGUCCUGGAGGCUAUCCGACACCUCCAAAUUACAGUGCAGUCCCCUCCGCCGUUUGAACCAACGGCAUCACUACCACCAUCACCACGAGAAGGAGCCCUUAGGCGAACGGAGGACAUCGUGGGGGUCCAACGCCAUCCCAGAAUGGACUUUCCACGGUUUACUGGUAAUGACCCGAUUGUUUGGCUCGAUCGAGCUGAGCAGUUCUUCGAUGGCCAAGGAGUACCCGCUAACCGGCGGGUAAUCACCGCUUCAUUCUACUUGGACGAGGAAGCCAACCACUGGUGGCAGUGGUUACGGCGAAUGUCCCAGGAUGAGGGAGUUGUAAUCACCUGGAGGGUGUUCGAACGGGAACUUUUGGCCCGUUUCGGACCCAACGAGUAUAUUAACUUCAAUGAGAAGCUAUCCCGAAUUCAGCAACAUGGAACUGUGCGGGAGUAUCAACAGGAGUUCGAAAAACUAGCUAACCGAGUCCGAGGAUGGCCGCCAGACGCACUCAUUGGCACGUUCGUCGGAGGACUCAAGGAGGAGAUCGCAAAGGAGGUGCGAAUGCGGAGACCUCACUCCUUGCGCGAAGCAGUCACGAUAGCCCGGAUGCGGGAGGAGAGGCUGGAGCAGAAGCGGAAGGCAUUCCGUGGCGUGGCAUCCCGAGUAACCAGUGUUCCGAGAACCCAGGGCCCAUCCACAACUGCACCGCGGCUGCAGGCUCCGACACCGAUCCGACGCAUCACCUGCGAGGAGAUGCAACAGCGCCGGGAACGUGGGCUUUGUUUUAAAUGCAAUGAGAAGUUCUCCCCAGGACACCGGUGCAAGACCCCUCAGGCUUAUUUAAUCGAAGCCGAUCGCUUGGAAGAUGCAGAAGGAUCUAAGGACGGCGACAUCGAGCACUACGACGAAAAUACGACCGGAGAAGAGGCGCAACCGGUGAUUUCUCUCCAUGCUCUCUCGGGAUGGAAUGGGCCGCGGACGAUGCGGGUGGUGGCAUGCAUCCAAGGGCAUCCUUUGACAGUCUUGAUUGACAGCAGAUCCACCCACAACUUCGUGAGUGGCCGUGUUGCCAAAUUACUUCAGCUGCCCAUAGACGCCACCGUCAAGUUUGGAGUCCGAGUAGCUAACGGAGAGGUCCUACAAUGCCAGGAGAUAUUCCGGUCGGUGGAGCUGGAGCUGCAAGGGAAGCGAUUCCUGGUAGACUUCUAUACACUGCCGCUGGUGGGGUUGGAUGCCGUUCUAGGCAUACAGUGGCUGGAGAAACUUGGACCUGUGAUCUGCGACUGGAAGCACAUGACCAUGAAAUUCUGGUGGAACGGCCAAGCGUGUGGGCUCUCCGGGCAACCGGCGAGACCUACCCGAGAUGUAGACUUCCGAGAAAUACAGAAGGAGAUCAAGGGGAGUAGCCAACUCUUUGCGAUCAUGGUCCGAGGCGCCGAAGAGCAUCAACCAACGACAGUGCAAAAGGAAUGGCCCACCGACCUCCAGCAGUUGAUAAAGGGGUACUCUCCACUUUUUGAGGCACCCAGAGGAUUACCUCCAGAGCGACCUUAUGUCCAUCGGAUUCCUCUGCAAGAGGGAACCUUGGCAAUCAACGUUCGGCCCUAUAGAUAUGCAUAUUACCAGAAGAAUGAAAUCGAGCGCCAAGUAACUGAGAUGCUAGAGGCCGGGAUUAUCAAGGAGAGUCAGAGUCCUUUCUCCUCUCCUAUCUUGUUGGUAAAGAAAAAAGACGGCACAUGGAGAUUUUGCACAGAUUAUAGAGCUCUCAAUGCGGUCACCAUUAAAGACAGGUUUCCGAUCCCCACUGUCGAUGAUAUGUUGGAUGAAUUGCACGGAGCUUGCUAUUUCUCUAAGCUGGAUCUUAAGGCCGGAUACCACCAACUCAGAGUUCAUCCAGAUGAUGUUCAUAAAACGGCUUUCCGUACACACCACGGACAUUUUGAGUAUUUGGUUAUGCCCUUUGGACUAUGUAACGCCCCAUCAACAUUUCAGGCAGCCAUGAAUUCCAUCUUCAGGAGUUACCUGCGUAAGUUCAUCUUGGUCUUCUUUGAUGACAUUCUGGUAUACAACGCUACUUGGGAGCUUCACAUAUCCCAUCUCCGCACCACACUAAGGAUUUUGGCUGACCAUUGCUUCUAUUUACAACCCUCAAAAUGUCUCUUUGGACAACAACAAGUGGAGUAUCUUGGUUAUAUUAUAUCCGCUGCUGGGGUACAGGUUGAUACCACCAAGAUACAAGCCAUGAAGGAAUGGCCGCGACCCACUACCGUGACAGAACUAAGGGGAUUUCUGGGGUUAACUGGAUACUACCGAAAAUUCGUUAAGAGCUAUGGAGUCAUCGCGGCACCCUUGACGACAUUGCUAAGAAAAGGGCAGUUUCAAUGGAAUCUUCAGGCUGAGCAAGCAUUCCAUCUUCUUAAGCAAGCAAUGAUGACCACCCCUGUGCUUGACAUUCCUAACUUCUCAGAGACCUUCGUGGUUGAAACAGAUGCUUCAGACAAAGGCAUUGGCGCUGUGCUAACACAAGGAGGAAAACCAGUUGCUUAUAUGAGUAAGGCAUUGGGUGUAACAAAGAAAGGAUGGUCGACUUAUGCUAAAGAGAUGUUGGCCAUAAUGGAAGCGGUGCGGAUGUGGCGGCCCUACUUGCUGGGAAGGAAGUUUCAGAUAAGAACCGACCAGAAGAGUCUACGGCAUUUCCUAGAGCAGCGAGUGAGCACACCGGAGCAACAGAAAUGGGUCACCAAACUGCUGGGAUACGAGUACGAAAUAGUGUACAAACCGGAGAAGGAUAAUUCAGCUGCCGAUGCUUUAUCCCGACUACCCGAAGAGAUUGCACUUCAUGCUCUCAGUCGCCCCGUAUUCGACAUCUGGGAGGAGAUAAGGACUGCUAAUCAGGAAGAUCACUAUUUGCAGCAAAAAAUUCAACAACUCGAAGCUACACCCGACCGCAUGAAGAACUAUCAGUUCAGAGGGGGAAUUCUAUAUUAUAAAGAUCGGGUCUUGAUCCCUCCCAGUUCGCCGUUGGGAGUGAGGUUAAUGGAGGAAUUCCAUAAUACAAAAAUUGGAGGACACUCAGGAACGCUAAGGACCUACAAACGGAUUUCUCAGGCUUUUUACUGGGAGUCGAUGAAGAAAGAUAUCCAAAAAUUUGUAGCCGAGUGCGUGGUCUGCCAACAGCAUAAAUAUGAGACUCAAGUCCCGGCCGGGCUACUCCAACCAUUGCCGGUGCCGACCCAGGUGUGGGAGGACAUUUCCAUGGAUUUCAUUGAAGGAUUACCAUGGUCUAAAGGGAAGAACGUCAUCCUGGUCAUCGUCGACCGGCUCACCAAAUAUGCCCAUUUCUUGGCCAUAUCCCAUCCAUACACUGCAGGAGAAGUGGCAGCACUCUUCGUCAACCAAGUGGCCCGACUGCAUGGGAUGCCAAGGUCGAUUGUCAGCGACCGAGACCCGAUAUUCGUAAGUCAUUUUUGGCACGAAUUCUUCAAGCUUCAAGGCACCACUCUUCGCAUGAGCUCUGCGUACCACCCUCAAUCCGACGGCCAAACCGAGGUGGUUAACAGAUGUGUCGAACAAUACCUUAGGUGUUUGUGCAAUCAGUUUCCGAAGACGUGGGAGCAAAAUUUGGCUUGGGCAGAGUACUGGUAUAACACUACGUUCCAUUCCACUGCCGGAAUGACACCUUUUCAGGCACUGUAUGGACGAGCCCCACCAACAAUCGUUCGGUACAUGGAAGGGCUCACAGCGGUGGAUGAAGUCGAUAGAACUUUGGCUAACCGGGACCAACUGAUGAAGGAGUUAAAAGGCAACUUGGAGAAGGCUCAAGGACGAAUGAAGCAACAGGCAGACAAGAACAGAAGGGAAGUUACUUUUGUAGUAGGGGAAUUGGUGUUUUUAAAGCUUCCACCAUAUCGGCAACAGACGAUCUUCCGACGAGUGCACCAGAAGCUUGCUCAGAAAUAUUUCGGAGUUCGGACCCUAUCGCAUUAUUCAGCGCAUCGGGCCAGUCGCUUAUAGGCUAGCAUUACCAGAGGAUGCAAGAGUUCACCCGGUAUUUCACGUAUCGCUUCUCAAACAGAACGGGACAAGUUCCUUGUUCAGGGUCUCCACUCAUCCAAGAGGACGGACAAUUCGCACUGGAACCAGCCACCAUCAAGGACUAUCGAUGGGUAAAAAAGGGAGGGAAGAUCAUCGAAGAAGUUCUCGUUCAAUGGCAAUCAUUGCCGAGGGAAGACGCUACCCGGGAAGAAUAUAAACAAUUGAAGCAACAGUACCCAAGAACCAACCUUGAGGACAAGGCUUUGGCUGAAGGGGGGAGGGAUGAUGGGAUCGACAGACCUCGACGAGUUCGGAGGCCGAACCCACGUUAUCUCGCGACCAUCGAUCACGUUCCCCACGAAGACGCCGGAGUCGCAGGGAGUCUGGUAAAGGAAAAGAAGAGGUCAGCCACUUGCAGUUCGGGUGCGAAGGAGGAGGGAACGAACGCCAUGCACGAGGCUACAACGUCGGAAGUGAGAAACAGACCUCCGAAAUGACAUCCGGCUUUUCCGCACGUCAGUUAUCAAGAGGUCACCCAUGGGAAAUAAAUGAGGGGGUGAGAGGGUAGCUGGAGGGGGUGUGGUAUUAUCUCUUGUCUCUUAGUUUGCAUUGGGGGUUACUCUCGCCCGAAGUAGAGUGUUUUAUAUUUGCAUGCAUCGGGUUGCUCUCACCCAGAAAAGUAGAGCUUGUACCUCGCUUUCUUACCUUUCGAAGCCUAUUAAAAUAAAGAUCCCUUCCUUUCUUUUCUUUGCGACUUCUUCUUUCCUUGAUCUGGGACGUGAAGGAGAGCUGGGUCUUAUCAGUCUCAUUGAACCUUGUUCGUCAUUUUUCAUGUUCUUGACAGAUCUAGCUUAUAAAAGUACUUGAACUUCCACAUUUUCCUUUGUGAUUCAAAGAAAACUUAGCAACCUUAGUUGCCAAAACAAACAGCUUUCUGUUUUCUAGGAAUUGGUCCAUAAUAAGUUAACUAUCAUCUGAAGAUUCUAAGACAUCAUAUUGCAAAAAAAAAAAAAAAGAAUAAGAAGAUUGUUUAGUAUUCAUAUGGAAACCAAGGGGAACAUGUAGUUCUGAAUAUAGUCGUAUUCUAAGUUCUUGUUGCUGUGUCUAACUAUAUGAUCUUUUGAUGU